AUGUUCGAUCAUUGUCAACCAGUAUUAGUUAAUAAUCUUUAUGGUUCAUUAACAAUUAAUACUAAUGAUAGUUUUUCAUGUAUAAAACCUCGACAAUGGUUUUUUUUCUAUGAUUAUGGUUAUAAAUUAUUCAUUCGUUUUAUUAAUAUAACUCAAUUACUUUCAAAUUUAUUUAUAUUUAAAAUUUAUUCAAUUAUAAAUAAGCAAAAAACACUUAUAUAUGAUUCAACAAAUGCUACAUUUGUAAAUAAUGAGAUUCAAUUUGAUGUUAAUGAGAAAAAUUCUGGUAUUUUAUUUGAAUUAAUGCCUCUUGAUCAUAAAAAUCUACAACAAACAUCAUUUAUAAUUGAUUAUGUUUUUCGAACUAAUUCUCAAUCACGUUAUGGACGACAAAUACUUCAAGACAAUUCUUCAUCAUCAUCAUCAUUCAAUGCUUCUCAACCAUCAUUUAUUGCUUUAAUAUGUAUUAUUGCUUUUCUUUUAGUUGCUAUUAUUAUUGCCAUUACAAUUCUUUGUUAUCGACAUUAUUCUCAUCGAAAACGUUCGAAAAAUCGUCAUAAAAUUCAAAAUAAAUUUCGACAAGUUUUAAAUGAUCAACAAUCAAAUGAUCAAACACAUUUAGCUUCAUCAAUAACUCCAUCAUCUACAUCAUCAUAUUCAAUUCGAUCAUCUAGACAUUUAUGUUCAGAUAAUCAUCCAACUCAAAUUCAACAACAAAACUCUUCACUUGGUCAAAGCAUAAGUACAUUACCAUCAAUGAUUCCAUCACGUCGUUUACAACAAUCAAUCAUGGAUGCUUAUUUAAAUGAUUUUGAUUCAUUUCAACCAACAACAAUUGAUCCAAAACAAUUAAAAUCAUAUUUAUUUAUUGAUCUUCAUUCGACAUCAAGUGAAACAUUUCCAGAUGGUGUUCCAAAACAUUAUCCAAAUGGAAAUACAACAACAAGUGGUUAUGAUACAUCAACAUGUGGUGAAGAUAGAAAUUAUAAAAAAUCUCAUCGUUAUCGUCGUCGUCGUUUUAAUCAUAAUCAACGACAACGACGUCGUUCAACUCAAACAUUAAAAAGAUCAAAUGGUCCUCGUUUUCUUAUGCGUGAAAGAUCAUUACCAAAUACACUUGUUAAACUUCCACAACUUCGUCAACCAAAUCAUUUAUUUGACAUAAGAGAUCAUAAUAAUAGUAGUACAACUAGUAAUACGAAUCAAGAUCAUAUAUCAACAAAUUUAUCUACGACAACAGAUGAUUAUGAUGAUAGUCAUGCUUAUCAUGUUAAUUCAAGUCGUAUAAUGAAUACGAUUGAAGAAGAACAACCAUCAAUUAUUCAUAAAUCAUUACCUCGACAAUCAUAUCUUUUUGAAAUGGUUUCAACUUAUUGUGGUGAUGAUAGUGAUAUGCCAAAUUAUGAAGAUAUACCAAUACCAUUGAAAUCUUCUUCUAUAACUGGUGAUGGAAUCGCUUAUGUGAAUGAUUCAAUUAUUGUAUAA